AUGGAUAAUCAUAAUCCAUACCCUUCUGCUGCGAAUGCGCACGCCGCUCAUUCUUCGACAUCCUCAGUCAAUCUAUCCUCACCCACCACAUCAAUGUUCUCCAAGGGUCACUCGUCACGCGGCUCCAACUCGUCGAUUGCCUCGUCCCCAAUACCACGAGAAUCGCUUGACAUCUACGGGGGCCCGAAAAGGUUGGAAGAUGUGACGGAGGAACCUCAUGAGAGAGAGGAGUUCGAAGGGUACACUUUGGUCAGCGACAGAACGUAUGACUGGAGUGACUGCGACAAGGCUUUCGCUACUCACCACGUCCACUCUUCCCCACCAAGCUCCCCUGGACGACAACACGAUUGGAGCUUGGAAGAAGGCGACGAGUGGUAUGCGCAGGCCUCUGGGCUGGGUAUAUUCAAACGACGGAAAUCAUUAGAACAGCCCGUGGCCGUCAAUCGUCACCGUUUCAGCAGUAAGUUCGGCUCGAUCUCACGACGUUGGAAGAAUCGAUCUGCUCCAGGACCGCAACUGUCCAUCGCCACCCACAUCGACUCUCCCGUGUCUCGGUCCGGAUCUUUCAAAUCGUCGCAAGUUCGCAGUCCGGUCCUGAGUGUCAUAUCGAAGCACGAGAGCUUGGUCUGUUCGUCUCCAGUGAUCCCGGAAACAAGUGAACUCUGGUUGGAAGCGGAAGCGGAAACCCGCGCCAUCGACAUCGAACAAAAGCCUGCAGAGGAGGAAGAAGAGCCAUGUCAAGCGACCACGCCAUUAUUACCCCCCAUUCUGACCGAGCUUGAGAAGAAAGAGGCCCCGGUCCAGUCUCCUCUUCAAUCACCUGCCAUCGCACCCACAUCUUCCAUGAUGAGCUCGAGGACGUCCGUGGAAGGCUCGCUGUCAUGCAUUCCGUCACCGUCUCUCUCAACUAAGCCGUCGAUGGUCUCGAUGCACAACCGGUCUCGCACAAACACCAUGACCAGCGCGCCUUUUGGUGACAUCCCGGCCAUGCAACUCCAGGAUGAUUUUUCCGACCCGUGGGCUGUUCGAUUGGGUCAUGCCAACUUCACCAUCUACCCCGAGCCAUAUGUUCCGGAAGUCAUUGACUUGGAAUCAUACACCGAAUUUCGCAACAACUGGGACCAAGCUCGCACCAACUAUGCCAGGCACAUCACCCGGACCGCCGAACACUAUGGAUCGACUUCCAAAGUGUACAAACUUACCGAGGAGAAGUGGGCAGCUGUUGACGAAGCCUGGAAGAAACAACACACGCUGAUGCGGACGGCUCUCGCUCCUGUUCUGACUCGCUUGAGCGAUGGCGAGUUGGAUGUGCCAGACUCGGCCGCGUCAAGUUCGGUUCUCGAGAAGCCCGCCAACAAGGUUGUUCUACCGGUCAUCGACGACAAGAGCGGCAAGUUUCCAAGACUCGGGGAUGGAGAGAUUGUUGGACCCAUGACGGUAGCGCGACCUCGCGCAUUGACCGUCCCCGGCAGAGGCGUGGAGUCAGGGAGUUCUCCUCUACUACCGCACAAGCGUAACCUCAUCAAAAUCCUGACUGACAUUUUCCGCUCUUGA